AACCACAGGGGGAUUGAGGCUUGAGGUAGAGCAACGGUUAACUACGUGGUGUUCAUAGACUCACUGGAUUAAAAUGUGGAAGAGUGACGAGCUUUUGAAACCAAUAUGGCAUGCGUUCUCCGCUUUGGACGUGGAUAAGAGUGGAAAAGUCUCAAAAUCUCAAUUAAAGGUGCUCUCCUACAACCUGUGCACAGUGAUGAACAUCCCUCAUGACCCUAUAUCCCUAGAGGAACACUUCAAGGAUGAUGACAGAGGCCCCGUCUCUAACCAAGGCUACAUGCCUUACCUCAAACGCUUCAUCCUGGAAAAGGCAAGGGACAAUUUUGAUAUGCAGGAAUUUAACAAGAUGUGCUGGACAUUGUCCUACAAGAAAAAUAUGAGCUCGAGAAGUCUCCUCAUUUCAAACGAGGACGCCUUCAAAGUCUGGUGCAUUUUCAACUUCCUGUGUGAGGACGCAUACCCGCUGGUCAUCUUAGCAGAGGAGAUUGAGUACUUGUUGCGGAAGCUCUUGGAGGCCAUGGGGAGCAGCUGGAAUCAGGACCGCUUCGCAGAGUACAAACUCCAGCUGAGCCUGCAGAGGAACAACGGGGGGCUGAGUGCCUGGGAGCUCAUCAACCUGGUGGGCAUGGCUCACUUCAGCAAGGGCAUGAACCGGCAAACCGUGUCCAUGGGCAUCACUCAGGUGUACCAGGAACUCAUCCUGGAUGUGCUCAAACAGGGCUACGUGAUGAAGAAGGGUCACAAAAUGAAAAUCUGGUCGGAGCGCUGGUUCAUACUGCGAUCAAACACACUCUCGUACUACUUAUCUGAGGACCUGGUGGACAAGCGAGGUGACGUAGUUCUGGAUCAGAACUCCAGUGUUGAGUCCCUCCCAGACAGGGAAGGCAAGAAGUGCUUGUUCGUGGUCAGAUGUGCAGACCGAAUCUUUGAGCUAUGUGCAACUGAUAAGAAAAGGAAACAAGAGUGGAUCCAAGCGCUACAAACCUGCCUGCAGCAGGUCCGGCUGGGGCUGCUGUCGCCGCACCGCGAGGCGCGGCUGCGGCGGCAGGAGCUCCGGCAGAAGCACACUGUGGAGGAGGAAGAGCUGACGGAGCGCAUGAGGCAGCUGCAGGCCACCAACGAGAACAAACAGAUAGAGCUGGAGGUCAUGCGAAAGAAACUGGAGGAGGCGGCAGCAAUAGCUGCCAUGGAGGAGGAGAGGAGGAGGCAGACACAGACAGACCUGCAGGAUCGCUACAUGCUGGACAUGGCUAGAGAGAAAAUGGAGCGUGAGCAGAUGGAGCAGCAGGUGGCCCAGAAGACCAGCGAGCUGGACCAGUACCUGCAGCGUGUGGGCGAGCUGGAGGACAUGUACAAGCGGCUCCAGGACGCCCUGGACCAGCAGAGGACCGCCAAGGAGGAGGAGGAGGCCAUGCGCAGGCGGCAGGCCAGGCUGCUGGCAGAGGAGGCAGGGAAGAGGGUGGAGCUGGAGCAGCUGCACCUGCAGCAGCAGAGGGCCAUGUGCCAGGUCCAGGCAGAGAAGCAGGAGCUGGUGGAGGAGCGGCAGGCCCAGGAGAGAGCCCUGCAGGCCGCCACGCUGCAGCUGCAAACCCUGGAGGAGGAGAGGCAAGGGGCCCUGGAGCAGUACCAGGAAGUGACUAAAAAGCUGACGCUGGCGGCAAACAAGACAAAGAAAUGGAAAACCAGAGUAGCCGAACACGAGGGAUUAGUACGACUCAUUCAACCAGGUCACAAGGGGCCCCAGAUCAUGACCAACUGGGGGCCAGCCUCCUUCACCGAUGCCGAGUUGGAACUGAGGAAGAAGUCCUGGCAGGAGAAGAAGAACCAGGGGGUCCACUGACGCAGUGACCAUAAGCACACACACACACACACACACACACACACACACACACACACACACACACACACACACACACACACACACACACACACACACACACACACACACACACACACACACACACACACAUAUGCACGCACACUCCAUGCAUGUUAACCAUCAAGCCCUCACAUGUUCUAAUGUCUAACUCUUUUCGACUGCUGGGGAUUUACAUGAUAUUAACAUGUAGUGUGACCAGCAACGCAAAUGAUUUAUCUGCACUCUGAAUCUGAAACUGAACAUUUAGAAAAUGCUUUAGCCCAAUUUCCAAUAGGCAGUAUUUUAAGUCUUAUUUUUGAUAUUUCUUUUUAAACUGGAUUGGAUCCAUAAUUAAAUGACUAAUCGGACUUGUGUAUAUGGAACUUACUUGUUGUGAUGACUUACUGUAACAUUUUAAUACAAGGUUAAAAGUGUGUGUUUGUUCAUGUGUGUGUGUGUGUGUGUUAACGUGUUUGUGUGUGUGUUAACGUGUUUAUGUGCGAUGUUAUGGGAUGCCAUGUGUCAAAAACGAAAUUUGGGCGCGAAGCAUUCAACUUAACCAUUCCACACACAAUAAUUAUUUUAUUAAUACACGCACAUUCAUUCAUAUUAUCCCCAAUAGAAAGCAUAGAAUUUGAAACCGGAUUGAAAUUUAGAAUUUCAUAAGGAAGCUAGAGAACAAGACUGGUUUCAUCCACUAGAUGUCAGCGUAGUCACAGAAAACAGUCUGAACACGCCUUCCCUCACAAGGGCAAUUUUGGAGUCCGUAUUUGCUCAGCAAGAGAGAAAAAAAAAGGUAAAAUCACAAAAAGACAAAUCAAGCAUUUGCAUGUGUUGUGUAAUUAUGCUUCAUAUUUCACUUUGCAUGGACAUACGUCUCCACUUCCUGGUCGUUUUGUUGGAGCCAUGUGUCCGUCUCCCAUCACGCAUGUGAGGAAGCAGCUGGUGACACCAGCAGAGAAGAAUGCGCAUGGAGAGCUAGUUAAGGUCUCACUGGGCCCCAAGUGUCCUGCGUGUAGCCUUCAAUGGGGGGCCAGUAAAACCCAGACACCAGUCCUGAAUGUUCCUCAUGAGGAUGAUCCGCAGAUGUUCCGUGCCUCUCUUUGUAUUUAAUCAAUUCCUCUAUUAUUUAUAGUGUAUACAGAGGGUGAUUGAUAGUUUUCAAAGCAACACUAGCCUGUUUUGUGCUAUUUCUUGGUACUGUUAGGCUCAUCUCAGAGCAUGUUCCCACUAUAACUCUGGCUCACUUUGCUUCAGAAAUUAUGCGAUAAAUAAAGUCUUGUAUAAUA